CUAUCUUCAAAAUAAAACCGAUCAGUCAGUCGAUCACCAUGAUGAAUUGUCUGCUGUACUCGCUCUUUCUUCUCUUCUUAUCUGCUACCCUAAUAUCUCCUUCUCUUGGGGCUUUAGGAAAAUGCAAUCCCAGUGAUUACAAAGCUCUUAUGAAUAUUAAGAAGUCUCUAAACAACCCUUACCAUCUAGCUUCAUGGGUUCCAAACACAGACUGUUGUAACUGGUACGUAGUCGAAUGUGAUCCCAACACCAACCGUAUCAACCAACUCACAGUCUUUCAAGGUAAUAUCUCUGCCCAAAUUCCAUCCUCAGUAGGCGACCUUCCUUACCUCGAAACUCUUGUUUUCCGGCACCUUACAAAUGUCACCGGUUCAAUCCCACAGUCUAUCACAAAGUUAAAGCAUCUUAAAAUGCUACGUCUCCAAAGCCGGGCCCGAGGCUGGAUGAAUCUCUCGGGGCCGGUUCCCAAUUUCCUUAAUCAACUCACAACUCUCACUUACCUCGAUCUCUCUUUCAAUCAGUUCUCUGGUUCCAUCCCACCCAAUCUCUCUGGCCUUAAAAACCUCGGUACCCUCCACCUUGAUAGAAACAAACUCACAGGUUCCAUCCCAGAAUCUUUUGGGAGUUUUGCUGCUUCUAUUUAUCUUUUCUUAUCUCACAAUCAACUCUCGGGUCCAAUUCCAAAAUCUUUAGGAGAUCUGGAUUCUCAAGUACUUGAUCUGUCGAGGAACAAACUUGUUGGGGACGCAUCAACACUGUUUAAACCAAAUCACGCAGUGGACAGAACGAUGGAUUUGUCCAGGAAUCAAUUAGAGUUUGAUCUCACAAAGGUCAAGUUUCCAAAGAGUCUAACCUCCUUGGACAUAUCACAUAAUAAGAUCUUCGGUGGAAUCCCAGAGGACAUUAUUGGUUUGGAUUUGCAACUGUUGAAUGUGAGCUAUAAUAGAUUAUGUGGACAGAUACCAAAUGGAGGGAAAUUGCAGAGUUUCGACAACACUUCCUUUUUCCAUAAUCGGUGUUUGUGUGGACCACUACUGGUAGGUAGGUCGUAAGGCUAAGUCUUAUGGGCUAGAUAUUUAGCUGUUAGAUUGGCCAUCUACGUCGGCACGAGCAAUCUCCUAAGUCCGACUAAUCUAGCGGCCAGUCGCCGAACCAAACGGCGCCCAACGCCCAACCAAACAGCUCAAAAAAUCUACCUUAAAAAAAUUUCAAAUACCACCGUCAUCCCCUAGGAAGAAAAGAAGUAUGUCAAAAUAUUAAUGGACAAAUGGUACAAAAUGUGUAAGAAAAAGACAUGACAUGAUAAAUGAUAAU